AUGACGGAGUUUGGUGGUGCUGUUGAGAAAAUAUCUCUCAAACUGCUCGCGAAGCACUGCGUGGACGCGUGCGUUCGAGGAUGCAAAGAGAUACGCGCGGUCGCGAAACGAAACAAACGCGUGAUGGAUGAUGACGGAAAUUUCGCGAUGAAAAAGGAAAAGAUUAAACACACGUUCAAAGACGAGAACGACGCGAGAAGCGCUUUGACGGAAGCGGACGUGAACGCGCAAUCGGUUAUCAUCGGCGCGUUGAGGAAGAGUUACGGAGAGCGGUUGAACAUCGUCGGCGAGGAAGAUGGCGACGCGAACGCAAAGCCGAGGGAAGAUGAGGAGAAGUUGAGAGACGAUUGUUUUGAGUUUUCGAAGAUGGAGGAGGUGGAGGACGUUGAAGUCAGAGUCGGCGACUGCGUCGUGUUUGUUGACCCGGUAGACGGGACGCGAGAAUUUAUAGAAGAACGGUACCAAAAUUGUCAGUGUUUGAUUGGUAUCGCGCAUAAAGGACGAGCAGUUGUCGGUGUCGUAGGUAUACCGUUUCCAAAAGGGGAAAUUACAAAAGAUUGCGACGUCGAAGCGUUGGCGGUGGUGUACGGGAUGUGUUACGAAAAGGAGGAUGAGGGAGGAACGGUGGUGAGAGUUUUGGAGACGUGCAACGAGACGUUGUUAGGGAACGCCGCCGCCGCCGCCACCACCAUCGCACUCGCUGAAACGACAAAAACAAAAACAACAAAAACGCCGACGACAAACCAGCAGCAGCAGCAGCAGAAAAAGCAGCGCGUAUCGUCCGAAACGACGACGCCGAGUUCGCCGUACAUCCUCACUACCGGCGACAGUAAAUCGAAAGCGUUACGCGCGGCGGUAGAAGUAGUCGAAGAAUGCAUACGCGAUGACAACGCUUAUCCGACCCCACCGGAACGUUUAAUCACCGGCGGCGCCGGGAACAAAAUCCUCCGCGUUGCGACCGGAAUCUCGCCUUCUUCGUCGUCUUCUCAACAAACGCCGCCAACGACGACGACUCCAAACGACCCUUCGAAACAAACAAAAAACGCUCCGCCGGACUGCGCGUUGAUGCACAUGGGCACGUGCGCCUGGGACACCGCCGCUCCCGAAGCAGUACUCCGCGCCUCCGGUGGUACAGUCACCGACCUCUUCGGCUCUCGACUCGUCUACGACUGCUCGAACAAAAACGAAGCGUACGUCAACGCGCGAGGCGUUCUCGCGUCGAGUAAACGUACGGUCGAGAGUGGUUUACACGAUAUGUUUUGCCAAAAAAUGAGGGAAAGUGAGACGUUGUUGACCUUAUUCGGCAUCGAUGUGUUAUAA